UAUAAACUACUCUUUUUAGAAAGGUUAGAUUGAGGAUAGAGAUCAGGUUUUGCCUCCUUCUCUGCGUUCAGCAUGGCUGCGACACCAGCGAACGAGAAGGAGCUGGAGAGGAUCUUGGUGGAGCUACAAAAGCUGACGCUCCACAGAGAGCAGCUCAACAACAGACUUCAUAUGCUUGCCAUGCUGAAGGAAUUCCGCCAGAAUGCUGGCUACAGCAGCGAAGUGUGCCCGACUGAUGAGAAAGAUGAGUACGGAAAGAUCGAGGAGGAUCUCAAGGAGCUUUCAGCAAAGAAACUAGCACUACAAGCGUUAAAAGAAGAGCUAGAAGGUGCAGGUUUUAGCUCCACGCAAAUAUACGACCCUUCAAAUAAUGAGAUAGUUACUGUGGAUAAGCCGCCGUCCCAUCCAGCUCCUCAAAUAAUUACAGAUGUAGAAAAACUUCCACGGCACCCUUCCCAUACGUUGUGCCCAUACUGUGGACAGUACAUUAUAACAGAGGUCAGUACAGAGAUUGGGAACACCGCCUGGCUCGUGUGCCUGGCAUCCACCUUUAUUUGCUGCAUCGCUGGCUGCUGCCUCAUCCCCUUCUGUGUCAGCUCUUUGAAAGAUGUUCUGCACAAAUGCCCCAAGUGUCGCAGUCACUUGUACACACGCACCACCAUCUAAGGAAAAGGAGGACACCAGAGAGGUGCGUGUAUCAUCUGCGUUGCUCCUCUGCUCUUCAUGAAAAAACACAGAAACAACAACACUGACGCUGUGGAUGAAACCAGUCCGUUAUGGUUGUAAGGACGUUUUAAUGACACAGAAGGGAUAUUGGAUAUGUACAAUAAAAGAUAUGUACAAUGUGAAAUUCAAGCUUCAUUAUUUACACUAGCACAUGCUAUGUUGUAAAAAAAAUAAUAAUAAUAAUAUAAAUAAAUAUUUGUGCAAAAUCAAAAGCUACACAUUGCAAAGCAGAACUGUUAUGGAGUACCCUAACUUCCAGUAUAUACUAGCAUUUGUGCGAUAGGAGUUUGCUCCAUUAGAACAUCUUUCAUGACUUCUGGUGGUGAUACUUCAUAUAUGAUGAAGUAUUAUGUUUGGAAAACCUCAUGUGAAACCAGUUCCUAAUACACCCUGCUCUACAGGAGGUCUUUCACUUGAUACCUCAAAAGGGAGCAAGAUAUUUAUGCUAUUUAAUAACUAUAUCUAUCUGUCAAAUAUCACACAACUGUUUUACUCUUUACAUGUAAUUUACAUGAUGACGUUGUUUUUGAAAUAGUUGUACUUUUGUAUCGUUGCUGAGUUUUGUGAUGGAGGCAGGUUCUGUAAUAAACACAUUGAGAGACUCUUGAUCAUCUAACUGCAUCGUGUUGAAAUGAUAUGCGGCAAUCUUAUGACACGUAACAGUCAAAGCUAACGUGUGACCCCUUCAAAAGCACCUAAUAUACACUUCUGCUCAUAAGUUUACACACCCCUGGCAAAGGGGCAAACCAAAAUGUCGCCGUAAUCAUAUAUAUUAUUUCUUUUAUUUAGUAAUAAUGCUCAGCUAUCAUAGAAACGAGCCUUUAUUAUAGAUAUAAUAUAAUGACUGAAAUCGCACAGGUGAAAGGUCAGAAAAGGGGUUUAAACACCUGUGUUAAAGGUUUAAACCAUAUAGGUUGGAUUUGUUUAUACACAAGAUUUACUGUAAAGUUUAUAGUUUUUCUAAGUUGCUUUGGAGCUUUUUCAAACUACUUGUUCAUGUAGUCACUUGUUCAUCAUAAAAGCGAUUCUCGUUGCUUUGAUCGACUUGCGAAUGCUUUUCUACAUUGAUUUGUGUACACGUGUCUGCUGUUACCUACAUUAUCAGUUGUUUAUGUUCAUGUUGAUUAAAAUAUAUUGUUCUAAUUUUACCUGAAUAGUUUUCACCCCCAAAACAAUCAGGCAUCAGUUCGUUGUAAGUCAUUGAAUGUAAAAUGUUUAAACCAGUUGUCAGAAUGUCAUCUAAAAUUUCUAUUAAACUUUUUUUCAUGUAAAUGUUUCUUGAAUUAAUUAAUUGUGCAGUUGAAUCUUGAAUGUCACUAAUGAA